AUGGCACCCAAGAAAGAGAAAGGUGGGUCUGGAAAUAUUGGCCCGAAGCUAUGGGAACCAUCACUCAUUGCAGCACAGUUCAAUCAGGCCGACUGGAAGUGUUCCGUUGCUUUUGUUGUCGGUGACAAGAUAGAGGAUGAGCUUCUCAUUAAUGCCCUCAUCCAAGCUAUUGAGCUUCCCCAGAGAAAACUUUUCAGCGUGGUGUCCUGGCAAGCUCUUCUCCAACAGAUCAAUGAAAUAUAUCCAUUUCCUGGAGCCACAGGAAAAACAAAGGGAAAGAAACCUAUAGGCAGUGGACCUUCCUUAUAUUCCGAGGUGUUAAUGGCAGCAAAAGCAAUUAUGGAGAAUGGCGAGAAAUUAACUUUACCGCUGAUAGGAAAACUCUUGAAAUUCCAGCUUCUCCACAUUAAAUCCAAGGACCAACAGCGACGGGAAAAUGAAAAGAAGAUGUCAGAAGACAGGCUUAAGGUAGAUAAAGAAAAAGCGAAAGGAAAAUCUUCCAAGGAGAAGAAGAUCUCAAAUACCAGUGGCAAGUUAAGCAAAGGAAAGGGAAAGGAGCUACCUGAGGCGAGCUUCACCGUGAAAAAGAGCACCCAGUUAAAACGGAGGGGAGAAGAGGAUGAAAUUAAGUCUUACAUUGAUGAUGAGCCAGAUGAUGGUGCCCAACAUUACAUUAUAGUUGUGGGCUUCAAGAAUCCUCAGCUAUUAGCAAUUAUGACUGAGCUUGGCAUUCCCAUAAGCAGCGUGAUUAAAAUAUCUUCCGAGAAUUAUGGACCUCUGCGGACACACCUGGCAGCAGUUAGCCAGCAGCAGGAAGCACUUGCUCAUCCAAAAGAUAUAGAAGCUGAAAACUUGAAGAAAAUGAAUGCCGAAAAAGAACUUGAAAUGUUUUGGAAGUACUUGGAGCCAAUCCUGAAUAACGAGAAACCUGAAACAAAUCUCUUUGAUGUGGCCCAACUUCAUUAUGUACUCAAGGAAGAAUACUUUCCUUCUGACUGGUCAAACAGUGAAAUGAUGUUGGAAUUGGGCACCAUUAUUUUUGAAAAUGUUGCCUGUUUGAUGUAUGACUGCCUAGAUUGGAAAAGGCAGCACCAGCACUAUUUGGAAAGCAUGAAACUUACUUAUGUCCCACUUAUGUUUGCCGAGAGACCUGUCUUGGAAACCAUAUUUCUUCCUGAGGUUGUUACAUCAGUAUCUACAAAGAAGAAGCCACAAAUUGAAGAUCAACUUCCACCAUCAGGCAUGUACGGGACCUUGUCUUUCGUGGGCAUCACCUCUGAAGUAGAUAUGAGAUAUUAUAAUGAUUUGUUGAACAUGAUUCCAGAGGAAUUUAUUUCGGUGCCUCUAAUUCUUCAUUGUAUGCUGGAACAGGUUGUGGCAACUGAAGAAGAUGCUGCCCCGCCCAGUUUGGUGCCGCCAUCUCCCAGAGCAGAUGGGUUGGACCCAAGAAUCGCAUCUCACAUAGUGUCCAUUCUGCCUUCUCUUUGCCUCACAGAGAAAGAGAGAAAGAAUCUCCACAAAAUAUUCUUAGCUGAAGAAGAGGAAAGAAAAUCUGGGCCCACUGGCCCUCUUCUACUGAACUAUCAUGAUCUUCAUGCCCAUAAAAAGUAUGCCUUGAAGGACCAAAAUAUUUUUGACCCAAUUCAAAUUGAGGAAGAAAUGCAGUCCAAGUUGCCACUGUGGGAAUUCCUCAAUUUUCCACUGCCCAUUCCAGGGAACAGUACUAAACGUCUCGCUACAAUUCAUGAGCUCAUGCACUUCUGUACAAAUGAUAUCUUGAGUUGGAAUGAAGUAGAAAGAGCUUUCAAAGUAUUUACUUUUGAGAGCCUAAAACUCUCUGAGGUUGAUGAAGAUGGAAACUUAAUAUCUGCUAAGAUGAUGUUUGGUGCCAAUUCUGAGAUGUUCGACAUCCCAUGGGACAACCCGGCCAAAUUUGCCAAGCAUAUAAGGCAGAAAUAUACCGCACAAAAUAAAGCCGAAGAGACCCAACAGCAAACAGAUAUGGAACCCAAAGACCGAAUACUAUUUGUGAGUCAGAAUUUGCCAGUACCUGUGCCAGAGGGGGAGAAUAAUAAAGACUUACCAGACUGUCGUUCCACUGAUGCCUACGAUAAAAAGUGUUCUGAUCCGAGUAUUAAGAAAACCUUAGACUCUGCAUAUAAAGAAGCAUCUAGUUGCCUUUCAAGCCUGAAAUGUCAGUUCCAAGGUGAUCUUUUGGACCAGAAUGAGUUCAAAGAUGAAACUGUCAUAAAGGCUGAUCCUCUUGAAAAGAAACCCAACAAGAUGACAGUUGAAGCAGUUUUAGAGGAUAUAAAGAAAACGCAGCAACGCAGUCUAGCCGACUGGAGUUUUACUGAACAUUUUAAGCCAAAAGUUCUGCUUCAGGUUCUUCAAGAAGCUAAUCAGCAAUACAAGUGUAUUGAUUCAUAUUACCACACCCAAGAUAACUCUUUACUAUUAGUUUUUCAUAAUCCAAUGAAUUCGAAGCGUAUGCAUUGUGAAAAUUGGGAAACUUCACUUCACUCUAAUGUUGGAUUCAGGAAUUAUUUGGAACUUGUUGCAAAAUCCAUUCAGGACUGGAUCAUAAAUGAAGAAGCUAAGUAUCAAGAACUUAAAAUGACUGAAGAAAUCAAUAAGAACAAAUCUGGUCAGGAAAUGAAAAUGUUCAGUGCCAGAACUUCUUCUAGCAGACUUUACUCUGUUAAAAAAUCUAAAAGUAAAGGAAUGAGUAAAACAGAGCUAUUGGAACAAGAAAAAGAAAAAGAGAAAGAGAAGAUUUCUUUUGUUUUAGAAGGUUCUCUCAAGGCAUGGAAAGAAGAACAAGAAAAAAUAGCAGAAGAAGAACGCUUAAGGGAAGAAAAAAAGGCAGAAAAGAAGAAUAGGGAAGUUGGUAAGAAGAAAGGCAAGGAAAGGGUAGAAAAAGAGGAGACCAAGAAUCUGAAAAAAAAAUCUGUUAGUAAGGAGAGAAAUAGAGAUGAGCCGAUGAAGAUCCCUGAAGAUGCAGAGGUGUUAAAUAUCUCGCAACCUGAGAUCACAUACCCGUUUCACGGAUACAACAUGGGAGACAUACCCAUCCAAAUCUCAGGAACCAACACGUAUCUGUAUCCUUCAGAUGGAGGACAGAUUGAAGUCGAAAAGACAACAUUUGUAAAAGGCUCAACUUUUGUCAAAGUGAAAGUUAACAAGGACAAGCACAGUUUUGUUGUUCAUUUAAUAGACCCUAAACAAAUUGUGAAAGAGGAAAUACUAGAAGAUGAUGAUGUUUCAGAAGAAUCGAGAGAACAAAAUGUUGAAGUGGAUGAAUUUCAUGCAAAGAAUAAAAUUGUCAGCAAGUUUGGAUCUUUCUCUGCCACCUUGGAAAAUGGAAUUUGUCUCUCAAUAAGUUAUUAUGGGUCAAGUGGACUGGCUCCAGAGGUCAAAGAUCCUAAUUUGGAAGCAAUGCUGGAUAUUCCAUCAGCACUUUCUCCAACAAUCAUUCCCACCCUGGCAGUUCCCCAAACCAAAGCAAAAGUGAGAAAAAGCAAAGAAAAACCCAAGGAAUCUCUUAGGGAAGAGGAGGCAAUGAAGGAAGAAGAGAAAAAAGAAGAAAUGGAACCAGAAUUCGUUAUUGAAGAGAUUCCCUUUGCUUCCACCUUCCAAAAUCUCAAUGUUUCUUGCCCUAAUGGACUUCUCGUGACCUUUCUUGGGCAAGAGUACUCAGAUCAUUUUAUCAUGGAUGACGAUCCCAGUUGUAACAUCAUGGUCAGACAGAGCUAUCCCCAAAAAGUGAGACAUUCUGAGUUCUACAAGGAGAGGCCAUUAAUGGAGCAAGAGGCAUCAAGGGUUAUCACCAGUCAAGGAACCGUUGUCAAAUACAUGUUGGAUGGAUCCACCCAGAUUCUCUUUGCAAAUGGUGCUGUAAGCAGUAGUCCUGAUCCUGGGCCUAUUUGUCCUCCUGUUGAGAUUCCAGCCAGCCUUCAUAGUGGUGACAUCAUAGACACAGCCUCUCAGCAGAAAUCAGAAAUAACUCCUUUGGAUGUUGUCACAAAGAAAGGUAAAAUUCACAAAAUCCAGUCACCAUUGAUACAUAAGAGCGAAAUCCAGGAACAUCCUCCAGAAAUCAUUCAAAUAGUAACACCCGUGGAGUCUAAUGUAGGGACCUGGUUUACAAUCACACCUGAAGGAAAUCGGAUUGCCACCAAAGGAUUGGAAAGAUUGUCAGAUUUAACCCCAUAUUUAGCCUUUCAGGCCACCGACCCUACUAAUGGAAUGAUUAUGACAACUCGAGAAGACAAAGUGAUCAUUGUUGAGAAAAAGGAUGGUACCUGCAUAGUGGAUCAUGCGGACGGUACAAGAAUCACAACCUUUUAUCAAGUUUAUGAAGAGCAAAUUAUUCCUCAAGAUUACCAAGGAACAAUAGAAAAUUUGGAGACUGUCACCAGGCAGGUGAAGUGCAUGAGGAUCGAAAAUGAACAUUAUGCCACAAUCAUCACCAACUGUGAGGAUAGUAGCUGCUGUGCCACCUUUGGGGAUGGGACGUCUGUUAUUGCAAAGCCCCAGGGAGUAUAUCAGGUACUACCUCCAAACACAGGCUGUCUUCUUAUUGAUAAAAAUUGUUCAGCUACAUAUUCUCAUGAAUCAAACAGUAAUAUGUACCAUGCAGUUCCCAAAACUGAUGAACUGAGAUGUAGUAGAUACAUCAUGAGGCAUACAUCAGAAGUUAUCUGUGAGGUCUUGGAUCCUGAGGGAAACCAAUUUCAGGUCUUGUCUGAUGGUAGCAUAUUUACUACAUUGCCUGAAAACAAUGUGGAAAAUGACUUAAGUGAAAACUUCAAGGACUAUGAUAGUUUAUCAACAGUCCAUCUUCAUAAGAAUCAUCUGCAGGUCUAUGGUGAACAUAUCCCCAGGUUCUUUGUCAUCUAUGCCGAUGGUUCAGGGAUGGAACUUCUUCGAGACAGUGACAUUGAAGAAUUCCUAUCGGUGGCUUAUGGAGAAUCAACUUCUGUAGUUCUACAAGAGCCAGUACAAGAACAGCCAGGUACCUUGAGCAUAACAGUUCUCCGUCCCUUUUAUGAAGCGUCACAGUGGCUAAUGAAGAAAGAACUCGAUACAAUUGUUCCUCCUAAUCUUCGAUCAAGAUCGUGGGACACAUUUCCUUCAAUUGAGAAAAAAACUCCAGGACCUCCUUUUGGCACUCACAUUUGGAAGGGUCUUAAUAUUGGUGCCAAAAAACUCAUAAGCACACCUGCUCCACUACUCAAGAAUCCGAGUGUGCUACAGAUUCGAAAGUUUAUCCAGCAUAAAGUCUUAAAGGAUGAUGUGAAAAUCCAGCUACAAAUUUCCCUUAAGGAUUAUAUUAACCACAUUCUAAGGAAAGAAGAUGAGCUACAGGAAAUGAGAGUGAAAGAUCUCAGAUCUGAAGAAGAAAGAGGCAAUGCUGCAGAUCUCCUUAAGCUAGUGAUGUCUUUCCCUAAAAUGGAGGAAACUACAAAAAGUCACAUUAGUGAAGUUGCAGAUCACCUGACUGACUUAUUCACGAAAACUUUGACUGAUGUCUCGUAUCCAUCAGACAUAUAUGAUGAAGAUGAAAUGGAAAAAAAGUUGAGGAACUUGAUAUCACAAAAGAACUGGCAAGAAAAGAUAACUAAAACAAGGAAGGAAAUUGAAAAAACAAAACGAUAUGUCAUGGAAAUUCGGAACAAAAUGAUCUCACCCUACUUCAGUUCUGAAUUUAAGUCCCAGUUUAAUUAUUUGGAUGCUCUUUCCAAAAACUUGCCUCCUUUUACAAAGAAAGAGGAGAGCACAAACAACAUAUCGGCUCAAAAUCUAUCUCAUAUCUACCUAGGACCUACGUUAUAUAAAUCUUCACUAAAGACACAGUCAAAUAUGUCCACUUUUCAAAAAUCAGUGAGCUUUAUAGAUAACAAGGAGGACGUUACCCAGGACCAUAUUGGAAAUGUACCCAUAUCUACCAAAGAACCAGAACCUUCUGAACCUGAAAAAAUCCUAACCCAGUCAUUGUUGGAGGAUGUCACAGGACAAGCCAGCAAAGAGAGAGAGAAGUUACCUCGCUAUUUGAAGAGUUCUAAACCCAAAUCUCAACCUCCCACAAAGGUAGAAGAUAUUGUUGGAGGGAGAGUAAAUACAUCCUCUGUUGCUUUGGCUGCUAUUAAUAACUCGAAUGCUCCCAUGUGCGAAUUCCAUCUUCUUCCAUCAUCAGUGAAGCUGGGAGAGAUUGAAGAAGGAUACACUUAUGUGACUGUUGUAAAGCUCAAGAAUGUUGGUGUGGACUUUUGCAGGUUUAAGGUGAAACAGCCCCCGCCUAGCACAGGACUGAGAGUGACCUACAAACCUGGACCUGUGGCAUCUGGCUUGCACAGAGAACUGAAGGUGGAGUUAUUUGCCAUGGCAAUUGGAGAGGAAAAUAUGACAGGAUCCUUAAACAUCUCUCACAAUAUUGAGAUUGUGACAGAGAACAGUAUCUUGCAAUUGCCCGUGGAAGCCACAGUUUUACGAAGCAGCAACUAUGCUGAGAGAGAAACCAAUUUUUUCCAGGGGAUUCCUACAUCCACGAUCCAGAGGACCACUAAAAUUAGUCCCCCCUCACUGGGAGUCUUCUUAUCUCGUGACAUUUCUCAGUAG